AAUAAGCGCCGUUGAAGGCAUUUUCCUUUGCUGGCAGCAACAUGGCACUGCCUUGGCAGAGGAAGGCGAGGAAUCCCAUUCAGUCCCUGGGCAUCCGGACGUGAGUCUUUGCACGGGAAAACAAUGUGGGCAUGCUUAAUGCAAACUCGCACCAUCAAUAUGUGUUGUUUACCAUGAUGUUUUCGUCCUAGAUAACAAGAAUCUUGAAAAAUGUCAUUGCAAUUAAGGAUGCUGCCCAAAUGGGAACUGUAUUUUUACCUCUUUGUUUCUUUUGGCUUUCAUUUUUAUUCGUUCUAUGAAGUCUUCCAGACCUCUCGAGAACAUGAAGAGGAACUUCAUCAAGAAUUUGAACUGGAAACUGAUUCACUGUUUGAGGGACUUAAGAAGGAUCCAGUGGACUUUGAAUGGAGUUUCUGGUUGGAAUGGGGCAAAGGAUAUAUACUAUGGCUUCUCCUUGGUCACAUGGUGGUAUCACAAGUGUCGAGCCUUUACAUGGAAAAGUACAAACCUUGGGUUCUGAUGGCAUAUGGCGUUGCAGCUAGUUGGUUUCUGCUGGGCACCAAUGGUUUAUUGGUGAUUUUCCUACAUGUCGCUGUCUCAUAUUUAGUUGCGCAGUUUAAGAAUUCACUCCUGACAUGGAUGAGCUCAUUGCUUCUUUUGUCAACUUUGCACUUCCCUGCUCUGGAAGAAAUAAAGAGAAACUGGUAUGCCAGUGAAAAUGAGUACUUCUUGCUUCUGUUCGCUCUGACUGUCCGCUGCCUCUAUUAUACAAGCUUCAGCCUUGAGUACUGCUGGAGCAGGUCUACCAAGAUGACUGAGCCUUCGUUCCUUUGGAUGUUGGCAUACGUGUUCUAUUAUCCUGUGUUUCACAAUGGGCCCAUCAUCACUUUCGAUGAAUUUUAUAAACAGAUGAAUAAACACGGUUCCUGCAGAGGGAAGUCUAAUCUGUGUGUUUUCAUCCGCGGCAUCAUUCGUAUUUUGAUCUGGUGGUGCUUGGCAGAGUUGAUGAUUCACCUUAUGUAUAUACAUGCAAUAUGCAGUAGCCCUUCACAUCUGAAAGCAGCAACCUAUUGGACCUUAGGUGGCCUUGCCUUGGCACAAGUCCUGUUUUUUUACGUGAAGUACCUUGUUCUUUUUGGUGUCCCUGCACUUAUCAUUCAAAUGGACGGACUCACGCCUCCUGCUUUACCUCGCUGUGUGAGCACCAUGUACAGUUUUUGUGGGAUGUGGAGAAGCUUUGAUGUAGGACUACACAGAUUUCUCAUUAGGUAUAUUUACAUCCCAAUGGGAGGAUCCCGCUGCAAUAUGUUUAAGAUGCUGUUUUCUACGGCAGUCACAUUUGCUUUUGUCAGCUAUUGGCACGGCGGCCAUAGCUACCUCUGGUCCUGGGCUCUGCUUAACUGGUUUGGAGUGGCUGCUGAAAAUGGAGUGAAGAGGCUGGUUUCUCUUCCCGUUGUCCAUGACAUGCUUAACCAUUUUUUGUCCCCAAGAGGUUCUCGACGAUUCCACGCUGCUCUGGCAUCUGUAUCCACCACAUUCUUGAUUUUCUCCAACCUUAUUUUUCUGGGAGGAAAUCGUGUUGGCAGAAUCUACUGGAACAGGAUUUUCAUAGAAGGUUGGCCCUGGGCAACACUUUCUGUUUUUGGAUUCCUCUAUUGCUACUCUCAUGUUGGGAUUGAAUGGCAACACAGAUCCUCCCGGGCUUAACAAGUAUCUGAAUAAAGACAUCUGAACUUUUACCAAAGAGACCAAAUAUUUUAGAGAUAUGAAUUUAUCUCUUCAAUACAAUACUGUACCAACAUACCAAUAUAGCCUGUAGUGCCUGAUGGUGUAUGGAUUCCAUAUCAACACGCACUCAUCAGAAUGAGACAGACCUUUGAAACUCUGAAGGACAUUUGACCUAACCCAAUUGCAUAAAUGGUGACUUCCCAAGAUCCCAUUGACUCAGUUGGUCUACUCAAAUUGUGAUUACAUUUUUCAUUUACACCUUUGUCAUCUACAGUGGAUUUGGGUUUUCUUCCAUGAAAUAGAAAUACUUUUAAAAACAUUUCUCUUGAUAUACUAUUUAACUAUAAUAGUUAUUUUUAAUUUGUAUUUCUAUCUAUAUGCAAGAGAACACGAUGUGUAUCUUAAGUUAAGCAUCUUAAAUCAACUCAAUUGAAAACUUCAGCACUGACUUUAUAUAGCUCUUUAUUUGGGAGGAAAUCCAUUUGCAGAUCAUCCUGAAAUAUUUUGUUGUCUGAGAAUAACAACUGGCAGUUUUAUCUGACUUCCAUGUUGGUGAUGGAACAAUUCUCCAUUGUACCUAAGAAACACAGUCUAGCUUGGAGAUUAGAAGGCAGGCCCAAUGGACAAUGAGCUCUUGUCUGUAAAGGAAAGAUUUUAAAGAAGUGCGGGACAUAUGAGAAGUUAUAAAACAGAUUUAUUACCCAGCUGGAUAAUUUGGAAGCCAUGAAAAAAAUCUUGAUUUUUUUUCUUUUUUCUUUUUUGUUCUUUUCUCUUUUUGCUACCUCACCUAUUCUCCUCUCCUAAACUAAUCCCUACCCAUAACCUUCAGCCCUACCCUACCAACACAUACCCACUUCACUUCACUUCACUUCUUUUUUAUGUAUCAAAAUUUUAAUAAAUAUUUUUUUAAAAGAAGUGGGGAAGACUUCCUGUGCCAGUUGCCUCAUUCUGCCCAUUGGUAUGGCCAGUUUUGAUCUUAGGACUAAUUAUCCUGAAAUGAGAAUAUUUUGAAAGAGGAGAGGAUGUUAGACACUUCGAAGAGAAUACGCUUUUUAAAAAACUUAAUUUUCCUACCCCUGAUUUCAGAUAUGAUUUUAGAAGGGAAAGGGGUUUUUGGAUUCUGUUUCAAAAAUAUUUCUGAUUGUCACAUUUUUGUUGCAUGUAGCCAAUAAAUCAGUAUGUGACUGAAUAUCUAUAGGUUACCACCCCUCUGGGGUCAUUAAUUUGAUAUAAUGUAUCCAGAAGAGGAUGAAAUCAAUGGGAACAUUGUAAACAAAAGGAAGAGAGAAAGGUAUGUGCCUGGCAAAGGAACAAAUGAAUCAGAGACUUGUCUGAUGAAUCAUUUCAAGUGAUUUUUUGUAUACUCACACCUUUGUAUCAUAAUGAAGAGAAUAUUGGAUGGGAUGCUAUUAGAGAUUUACCUCUGCAGGGAUUAGAAGUGGGUGGUUCUAUAAUAUCCAUCUUCAAUAAAAAGUUGCGAUGCUCAUUGGUUCUGUUGUGUGUUGUUCCAUUAUGCACUGGAAUACUGAUUAGAAAGUGACAGUGCACAUUGGCAGUGUCCAGUAUUUUCCUAAUUAUGAUACGAAAGUGUAAUUGUACAAAAAUUCACAUGACAGUGUCCUGUUACUCAUUUCUACAAUUCACUAGUAUGGUUUCUUAGUGCCUCUGCUACAUAGCAAAAUUACUCAGCAUACUCUGUGAUAGAGGAUUCCAGCCAUUCAUUUUGAUCAUCUGCUAUAAACACCAGUUUGAAAGCAAGCCCAUUUAUCCCUUACAGCAGGUGUGCCAUCGGUCCAUCUGAUGUUCUGCCAUGGAGCAAAAUGACAGAAUCUUGGCCCAAAAGGUAAACGGAUGGGUUUCACAACUUGUCUACUCUUUCUUUUGUAACAAUCCUGGAAAUCCACCAAGGCUGCGGAUUUGGAAAAAGCUUUUUUGUUGUUGUUAUUGAGAACUGAACCUCUGGCCUGUGUCAUCUCUCCAUCUGGGUAUAGUAUACAUUCCAGAUAUUUGAGUGGCAGUCUCUUUUCACAAACAGCAAAAUUACUUUUGAAAUUCAUAGAGUGAAUACAUUAAACAUACAUCACAUAAAGAAGAGAUUAUUAUCAUAGAAAGUUGAAUGCCUAGAGGAUCAUUCAGCUAUGGAUGGACAGAAAUGUUACAUCAGUAGACUUCCAACUUUUCCCAAUUUCAAGUCAAAUUGUUCCAGUUUUGUGCAGUUGAAAAAUUGAGUUGGGGGUAAUCCAUUACAGUUCUUUGCACAUUUUUCAGAUGGAAACUAUCAUUUGACUAUUGUGUACAUAUGAAUUUUAAAAAUUAAUGAAUUGUAUGGGAGAACUGGGAAAUGCGAUAUGAAACACCCCCUGGACCUUGAUAUCCAUUGGGUUAGUGUCAGGAUUGUUCAUAAUUCAUGGAUUUUUAUAUGUAAUGAUGUAGUAAAACGGUGACUUUAUAUAAAA